AAGAAGUACCAGGACAACUGCAUCAAGAGAAAGAAGUUUACCUACCUUAACACGGUAGGGCAGAGGGAGAAAGAGACCUUGACUCAAUUCUUAACCCGCUGGAGGGACGAGGUUGACAAGGUAGAAGAGAUGGACGAUAAGACGGCCAUGUCUUUGUUGAUGAAUGCCUUCCGGUCAGGUGACCUCUACACUGAAUUCUAUAGGAGGCCUCCCUCCUCUUAUCAGGAAGCCUACAAUAUGGCAUGGGAAUAUGCCGAGGCAGAAGUGCUGAACAAGAAUAAGCGGGAGCUGGAAGAAGGCUACACAAAGUCGAAAUCCGACAAGCUAAAAAAGGAGGAGCAGACAGGAGGGUCCAAACUAAAGGCCACAUAUGACGGAUCCAUCCACCAAAUAAGGGAUGAUAAGAAGGGAGAGCAACCCAAGAGACAAUGGACGGAGAAGUGGUGCACAUACCACCAAUCCGAUUCCCACAACACGGCGAAUUGCCGAAAUGUCAAGGCUGUGCUCAAGGAGAUGGCCUUGAAAGGAGAACUUGGGGAAGGUUACGCGACGGGUAAUAAGAAAGACCCGAAAGCGAACACCUGGACUAGGGGUGGACACG